GCAGGACUGACCAUGUGCGACUGCGGGCCCGGCCAGUUCGCGUGCAGCGCCUUCGCCGAAGAAGGGGACAACUGCAGCUGCAUCCCGGCCAGGUGGCACUGCGACUCCGACGAUGACUGCGGCAAUGGCAGCGACGAACUCGGAUGCGCUCCGCUCUGCAAUCCAGAAGAGGCGCUGUGCCAGAACGGGAGGUGCGUUCUCAAGACCCAGUGGUGUGACGGCAACAAGAACUGUGCCGACGGCAGCGACGAGGCGGACUGUGAGCCACGAAAUUGCACCAGCGACGAAUUCUCGUGUGAAAACGGACGCUGCGUUCCCAAGUCGUGGCGGUGCGACGGUUUCGACGGCUGUGGGGACACCAGCGACGAGAUAUGUCCCAUUCCACUCUGCGGGGAAGCCGAAUUCCGGUGCAUCAACGGCGGCUGCAUCUCAAUCGCCUGGCGGUGUGACAAGGACAUCGACUGUGUGGACGGUUCCGACGAAGGAGGUUGCACGGCGUUCACGUCGGCAAUCUGCCUGGCCGAGGAUUUCGAGUGCCGAAGUGGUCGUUGCGUCGGCGGGGCCUAUCGCUGCAACGGAGACAACGAUUGCGGCGACUGGUCGGACGAGGAAGGCUGUGAGGGCAAGAGCGCGUGCCAGGAGGGCGAGUUCCGCUGCGAGGACGGCUUCUGCAUCAACCUGGACUGGAAGUGCGACGGGGACGCCGACUGCGACGACCACUCGGACGAGCGCGACUGCGCGCCCAGGCAGUGCGCCCCGCACGAGUUCCAGUGCCACUCGGGCAAGUGCAUCCAGGCCGAGUGGCGCUGCGACGGCGACUUCGACUGCUCGGACAACAGCGACGAGGACGGAUGCGGACCAGAGGUGGCCUGUGAACCAGGCCAUUUCCGCUGUCUCGAUGGCACCUGCAUCGUGGAACGGCUGGUGUGCAACGGAGUUCCGGACUGCCCGGAUCGGUCGGACGAAUCACAAAACACCACCUGCAGUAACAGCACGCCCUGUCGGGAGGACGGCUUCCCGUGCCAACAUCAGUGCAUGGCUACGGCCACCGGGCAGAGAUGCUCGUGCAAGGAAGGCUACCAACUGGCCCCUGACGGACGCUCCUGCCUCGAUGUCGACGAAUGUACCUACGAAGGAACGUGCAGCCAGUCCUGCGUGAACACAGUUCCCAGUUUUCAGUGUCUCUGUAAGCAGGGCUACAGGCUUCGAGAUGACAAGCGACACUGCAAGGCACAAGGUCCAGAAGCGUACGUAAUCUUCGCCAAUGGAGCCGACAUCCGGCGCAUCACCAUGGACAAGUCCGAGUACACCUCCGUCGUCGCCAAGCUUCAGAACGCGGUGGCGCUCGACUAUCACUUUACGCUCGACCUGGUGUUCUGGUCGGACAUCACGGUCGACGUCAUCCGGAGCUGUAGCCUGACCAAUGGCACCGACCUCAGGACGCUCGUCUCGCGAGGCCUGGCCAAUCCUGGCGGACUUGCGGUUGACUGGAUCAUGAACCGCGUCUACUGGACUGACUCCGGGACAUCUCGUGUGGAGUCUGUGGAUUUGGACGGCCGGAACCGGCGAGCCCUCGUCUGGAAAGACCUGGACAAGCCUCGUGCCAUCGUGCUUUACCCUCAGCUGUCGACUGUCUACUGGACAGACUGGGGGGCACGACCACGGAUCGAACGGAUCUACACCGACGGUUCGGACCGAAGAUCAAUCGUGGACACAUCCCUCUUCUGGCCAAACGGAUUGACCAUUGACUACGCCAGUGAUCGCAUCUUUUGGGCAGAUGCCAAACACCAUCAGCUGGAGAGUGCGGACCUCGACGGCAGCAAUCGCAAGAAGCUUAUUGAAAGCGGUCUGCCCCAUCCAUUUGCGGUGACAAUAUUCGAAGACACGUUGUACUGGACCGACUGGCAGACCAAGAGCAUUCAUACAGCCAGCAAGUUCGGGCAUCAACAGCCAUCCGUCCUGUACCCCAAGCUUUCAUACCCCAUGGACAUUAAAGUGGUUCAAAGUCUGCGCCAACCUGAAGGAAUGAAUCCUUGCACAAUUGUCGCCAACAAAUGUAGCCACAUCUGUGUUUCCAACAACGAAAGUGCCACAUGUGCCUGUCCAAGUGGAUUGAAUCUUCUCCAGGAUGGGACUUCCUGCAUGGAGAAGCCGGACACCUUUCUGCUGUUCACCCAUCGUGGCGACAUCCGGCGUCUGUGCCUCAACUGCUCGGAGGACAUGGAUGUCGCCAUCCCGCUCCGAAAUGCCACCAGUGCUGUGGCUCUGGACUGGGACUCCACCACGGACUCCAUUUUCUGGACGGAUGUCACGCACCAUUCCAUUCAAAAGGCCAAGUGGAGUGGCGAGAACCAAGAGGUUGUGAUUGGCACAAAUGCAGAGAGUGCAGCUGGUCUUGCGCUCGAUUGGGUGAACCAGAAGCUGUACUGGACGGAUGCGGCCAAUGACAGAAUAGAAGUGGCCAAUGUGGAUGGAAGCCUGAGGGCCAUCAUGAUCUACGACGGUCUAGACAAGCCACGAGGAAUUGUUGUUGACCCUAUUCGAGGUUACAUGUACUGGACAGACUGGGGUGACCUGCCCAAGAUUGAGCGAGCAACAAUGGCAGGCCAACAUCGCAGCAUCAUUGUCCAAUACAACCUGACAUGGCCCAAUGCCCUAGCCAUGGAUUAUGACACCGAGACGCUUUACUGGACCGAUGCAGCCACCAAAACCAUCGAGCUUAUCAACCUUGCAACAAUGAGACGAAAGGUGUUGCUCUCCCACGAACUGCCACAUCCGUUUGGACUGACCAUUUUUGAGGGCCGCGUCUACUGGACGGACUGGGACAAGAAGGCCAUCCAGUCCGCCGACUCCAUGACAGGAGAGAACCGGAGGUCCAUCAUUGCGGGGCUCGACGGCCUCAUGAACAUCCACGUCUUUCAUCGAAGCAGGCCUUUAGUGCCCAAUCCUUGUGCAUCAAAUAACGGAGGGUGCAGCCACCUGUGCCUUAUCGCUCCCAAGCCAAAGAAGUCUGUAUGUGCCUGUCCUACUGGGACUAUACUCCUCAAUGACACAAAAACAUGCUCAAAAGGAAUGAGACGUUUCCUUCUCUUCUCUCGUAGAACGGAAAUACGGAAAAUGUCGCUAGACGUGCCUUACUGGGCAGAUGUUGUGGUGCCGCUCAAGAAGCUCCGUAAUGUUGUGGCUCUCGACGUUGACUCUGUUGAUGAGGAGAUCUACUAUGCUGAUGCAGAUCGGCAUGUUGUCCAAAGCUGUGAUACUGAGGGACGGCACGUCAGGGACGUGAUCUCGUUUGGGCUGGACACUCUGGGAGGUCUUGCCGUGGAUUCUGUCGGCCGCAAGUUGUACUGGUCGGACUCCGACAGGAGUCUCAUUGAAGUCUCGGAGCUCGAUGGCCGGAACCGGCAUGUUCUCUUCUGGAAGGAUGUCGACAGUCCCAGAGCGAUUGCUCUGCACUAUGAGAAGGGGGUCAUGUUCUGGACAGACUGGGGAAACAAGAUACGGAUUGAAACUGCCGACAUGGACGGAGACAACCGGAUGAACCUGGUCCACGACGGACUGGGCUGGCCCCACGGACUCGCCAUUGACAAGCAGGGCUCGCGGCUCAUUUGGGCGGACGCCAAGCAAGACGUCAUUGAGAGUGUCGGCUUGGACGGGAAGAAUCGUAGGGUCCUGGUUCGAGACAUAGCACAUCCUUAUGGUGUUGCCGCCUUUUCCGGCAACCUUUACUGGACCGACUGGGAGACGAGGGCCAUUCAUCAGUCACGCCUGAAUGGCCACGAUGGUCACAUAAUACGCGGAAACCUGGCUGGGCUCAUGGAUCUUCGUGCCAUUGACACAGAGUAUGCCGGUGCCAGUGCUUGUGGUCGCAACAACGGAGGAUGUAGUCAUCUGUGUUUGCGGAAGCCACAUGGUUUUUCAUGCGCCUGCCCGACUGGUGUACUUCUGAAGCCCGACACCAGAACAUGUGAACGAGCCCCUUCAGCAUUUCUGCUGUUUGCAAAUAGAGGAAGUCUUCGUGAGAUCUCGGUUGACACGCCGGAUAACACGGAUAUUCAUCUACCAUUGAACGACAUCUACAAUGCUGUGGCGGUUGAUUUUCACUUCGAUGAGUGGAAGCUGUAUUACACAGAUGUUACUUUAGAUGUCAUCCGGAGAGCUGAUCUGAAUGGAAGCAGCAUGGAGGUGGUAAUUGACCAGGAGCUUGCAGCAGCAGAUGGCUUGGCUCUAGACUGGAUAGCCAAGAACAUCUACUGGACCGAUUCAGGACGAAAGGCGAUAGAAGUGGCUCGGGCUAACGGGUCCAGUCGAAAGCUUCUCAUUAACCUGGACCUCGAUGAGCCAAGGGCCCUGGCUCUUUUUCCUGAGAAAGGGUGCAUCUUCUGGUCGGACUGGGGCAAGCUGCCCAAGAUCGAGCGCUCCUUCAUGGAUGGCAGUGCACGGAGAGUGAUCAUUGCCACAGAGCUGGGUUGGCCCAACGGCCUCACCAUCGACUACGAGGCGGAAAGGCUGUACUGGGUCGACGCGCAGCUGGACUGCAUUGAGUUCUCGGACCUGAACGGGAAGAACAGGCACAAGCUCAUCGAGGGGGUCGCCCACCCAUUCGGGCUGACACAGUAUGAGUCACACAUAUACUGGACCGAUUGGACAACGAAAGCCAUAGAGCGAGCAAACAAGGACACUGGAGCGGAACGGAUAAUAGUCCGCGAAAACAUUGAGUACCUCAUGGAAAUAAAGAUGGUGGCCCGGUCACGUCAGACAGGAACCAACUCGUGCAGCCUUCGAAAUGGUGGCUGUAGUCACCUUUGCUUCUAUAGACCACAAGGACACAUCUGUGCCUGUCCCAGUUACCCCGAUCCAAGGCACUGUUCCACAUUUCCAGACAUGACAACACCCAGUGAUACCAGUGGACCAAUCACUGUACCACCUACCGGCCAUUCUAACCUCAGCACUGUCAGGUGCAGCACUUCUGAAAUGGCCAAAGGGAGAUGCCAUGUCAUAGGAUUUAAAUUCAAUGAUCCGGUGUUUCAGAGCACGUACAUAGCCCUGAGUGCAGUGGGGGCUGCGCUGCUCAUACUCUUGUGCGGCGCACUGAUUGUCUGGCGAAAGAAGAGGCGGAGGGAACAUGACGUGGUUGGGAGAGGAGCACCGCACCUCGGCCGGUUUCCGCCGAGUCAUGGUCCCGGCCCCGCCGACAUUUUAGAGAAGAAGCCCUGGGGCUGGGGUGCCAAGGUCCGCUACGACGGCACAGACGAUAAACCAGUCAGCAUCGCGGCGAAAGAGAAGCUAGACAACCUCGAGGUGGCGGCCCUGGUCAGCAAGCGGCUGGACGAACUCGAGUCCGGUAUGCUCAGCAUCUCGGCCACGGCCAGCGGGGACAAGGGUUACUACGGCCUACCGCUCAACGGUUGCCCCACGCCACCCUCGCCCCCCAAAGUACCGUGCCCGCGCCAUUCGCCGCACGGACAGCGGUGCGGUUCGCUACCGAGGACGCUACCCCACGAACCGUCGUACCACCACCACCACCACCAUCAUCAUCAUAGGCACCCUCCGUCGGUCGAGACGGACAUCUGAGAACGGCUCCUGCCUUAAGUGGUGUAGGACGUUGCAUUGAAAGAAAGACGGCUGCGCUUGUUUUUUUUUCGAAAGGUAUAUGCCGAAGACGAGUGUUUAGGUUUUUGUUUUGAAUGUUUGGAACCAAUGGUUUUGGAUGGACCCUUUUCUAAAGUCAAUCUGGCAACCUUGAUCACUGUCGUCAUCUCGGUGAAUGGCAUCUGUGCCAAACUAAUGGUGGCCUUCUUGAGGCUGAUGAAGGAAGAAGUUGAAGAUACUAGUACCAAGCGGAGAAUAUAUGAGGGCUGUACGUUUGAGAUGUCAGUACAACACGGUGCACGAAUUUGAUACAUUUACUGCGUAAGCGUUUAAAGUGUUUUUUUCGGAGUGUGCUGCAACUAAUUAAUCUCUUGGCACAAGUAUGGCUCUAAAGCCUUUUGAUGGUGGUAAUUUCAUCAAAGUUAUAAGUGCAAUCCACUUAUAACAGUAAUGAGAAAACACGAAAUUUCAAUCAUUAUAACCGAUUAUCGAAUCUAGACUAGAAACUAUAGAAAUUGAUUGUUAUAAGCAGUACAUUGUUAUAAGUGGUAUCGUUAUAAGUGGAUUGCACUGUACUGGUCAGCUCUUGUGUUCACACCAUUGAAGCUGAAAUCAAGAAUGGAUUAGGGCGUGUUCGAAGAACCAAUUUUCAUCUGCCAUUGAUGUGCGAAAGUGACGGUGCCCGAUGAAGUACAGUUUCAUGACCGCCAUUAGUUUGUCGAAAGUGAAACUGCCUUUUGAAUCACCAGAUGGCACUGAACAUUGAAAGGGGUGCAUUGUGAGUGGUCAAGAGGCAAAAUGGUGAGUUUGCAUUUGUCGCUGACCAGAGGUACGUACUAAACCUGGCACUGUUGUCAUUUUACUUUUCGUCACGGGCAUUGGAAAUGGGGCUAUGGCGGCACGGACAAACGAAUGGUGGUUUAUGGAAAGUUGUGCAGCGACAGAAAAUUCAUGAGUUGGUUUUGGAAUUCCGUAUGAGUCACACGGCUAAAGCUCCUUUCAGAAGUGUUUGCUCAUGCUCACAAUUGCUUGGAGGUCUUUGCCAGCUAUUUUUUUUAAAGAAUUUGUUGACUACAAGUUUUUGUUUCAGGUCUCGGAAGUGGCGCUGGUUUCACUGUUUGUUGCAUUGGAUGGAGGUGUCGCAAAGCAUUCACCAAAAAUGGCUUUGUCAGUACCUCAUGUGUCUUGACGGGUGCCUACCAAAUGUUCGCACAAUUAAUUGUAAACCUUAAAGUUUUCAUUUUAAUGUUUGUUAAAAAAGAAAAGAAUUUCAGCAUCAGGAAAAGAGAUGGUACUUGAACAGAAAGAGUGAAAUGUGUGGUAUGAAGUUGGUAAGAGGUCUAGAGAUUAAUGUUUUUUAACUGGUCCGAAUCCGUGCACUUUCUGAUAGUGUAGGUCGAGAGCAUUUAUUGUUUUUACCUCCUUUAUUGUCUUGAAUGAAAAAAGUAAACAAGCAAUUUAGUUCCAGCCUGGGAGGAAGCUUACGGUUCCUGUGGUCAUGAAAAGGCAGCUAGCUAAUCUUCCUUCUCUGCUACUGUAAAGGGACAAAUGGGUCAAGGUAUAAGUUUUGGUUAUAUGAAACUAGAGACUUGAAUGCUGCAAGUACAACUUAAAGGACUUUGCCGGCCUAUUAUAUUUUGACUUCGAAAAUUGUAUUUAGCGGUUGAGACGUGACAAAGAAAAGAUACCAGGAAUAAUUCAGGAACAUGCGGCUACAAGAUCCAAAGGAGCCUAAAUGGUUCGGCAAUUCUUUGAUUAGAAAGGUAGCUUUAGCGGAAUACCUCCAUUUAUGAAAUGUUAUAGGACAAUUACAGGUGACCUUACUCAUCCCUAAAUUAUAUGUGCGUUCUUGAGCACUUCUUAACUAUUAACACCAAGCAUCAGCCCUUGUUCUGACCAGGUGUGUUUCUUGCACACACUCUGCUUUUUGUUAACUUUGUGUUUGUAAUAGUUAUCUGUUGAACAACGCUUCUACAUAAUUAUGCAUUACCCACCAUGAAUGUCUAUGCCACUUCAGAAAAGCCCACUGGUAUUUCUUGGCAGGGAUAAUAUUUGUAUAUUUUGCAGUGUGGUUGGGGGCUCUCAUACACUGCACUUUUUACGUAUACUUGAUUUCUUUCCCAUACCUAUUUUCUUUUUUCACCUCUCCUUUCAUCUUUUCUUGCUACCCUCGCAGUUCGGGGGAAGAGGGAAGCUACCAAGGGUAUCUGCAUUGCAGAAGUUUUUCUUGGAAAAUACAGAAAUUCCCAUACCAGGCUAAAGCCCAGACUGAGACAAGGACUGGAAUAUUUGCCAAAGAAGUGUAGUUGGAGUCACAGCAGUUGACUCGCUUCUCUUUAAUAACCUGCUGCUUGAACUGCCAUAACUAAAUGCUAGGAAAGUGUGCACUGGAAGAUGUGGGAAUUGCCAUGUACAUAGUAAAAAUGUCAAACUUAAAUCUAAACUCUUAACUGUCCAGACUGAAAAAAGGACUCAAUUAUUUGCCAAAGAAAUGCAGUUGGAGUGUGCUGCUCAAACUGCCAUAAUUAAAUGCUGGUAAUAUUUAUAUCUGUGCUUAUUAUCAAGGGUGUGCACUGUAGUAAGAAUUUAACAAGAUUACUUUAUUGGUUUAUUCGGCAAAAUUUACUGCAAUCUGAAUGUGCAUAGCCAUUUGUUGCAAACCACGAAUUUUGGACGUGUCGGGGAAAUGUAAUUGACAAAGGAGCACACUGUAAGGAUGAACUCGCCAAGUACAGAAAUCUAUUCUAACUAACGGUUGUCAUACUUUUCGAACUUUGUAAAUAUCUCAUCACCUCGUGCCAAAUGUUUGCCAGAAGAAAGACUCUAUCAGUGCGUGGCUGUUUAGUUUCGGUUGUUUCCAUUGCCAAUUGUACAGUCAACGUAGGUACAUAGGUAGCGUUCUGUUUGAAUUGCAUCUGUUGCCGACGCACAAAACGACUGUUAGAGAGGAAAAUGGAGAAAGGUGAUUGUUGUGUCUUUGCAUACUUAGUGAUUUGCUUCUGGACAACAUAGUACUGCAAAGAAUCUGACGAUUAACCUACACUUCAACCUUCCUCACUGAAAGCGAAGUAUGGCGUCCUGUUUCCUGUCAAGGGCACUUUGAAGUACACUACGCUGGGCAUUCAAAGUGAAACACUAUUGCCAAGUAGGGUCCUCGACUUAGGCCAUCACUCAAAUAGCACAGUUUUCUCGGUGAUUAGUUUUUGCUCUGCUUGGAAGUGCCUCAUUAUCGUGCAAGUACAGCAAAAUGAAUGCCUCCAUUGAGCAGAAAUGUCAGUGUUUCUUUUGUUUUUAAAUUAAAUUGCGUUGAGCGAUGAGCUGCACAAUUAUCUGGUCGUGUUUCUACCCUGAACAUACAGAGGGCGAUGGUCCUGAUUUUGGCAUUCAUUACCCAUCAAGGGUGUAUGGUAGUGCUGGCCACACGGAAUGCUAGAGAUUAGGACGGUACCGGUACAAUGUGCCAAAACCUUGGUGACUGCUGUUGCGUCCAUAGACACUGCGGGAGAAUACCAGUCAUCAAACUGUUUGGUCCACAACAGAGCAAACACAGUGUAACAUAAAUAAUUGAAGAUCUCUGCAUCAAAGAGUGGUCACCCACGUUUUGUCUACGAUGCGGGUGAUCGACUACGUAUGGACCCGCUGUGCUGUCUGAGCCACGAGCCCGCCACUGCAACAGUGUGUUCUCUAGUGACCACUAGAAAUGAUGUGAUGGAGCUGAGGCUGCAAACAGAAGCACUUGCCAGAGUUGCGAGGGCACGUCUGUAGCCUUUGGCUUACUGCUACUUCAAAAAGCAAAAUAUGGGUGCCCCGUUUCUGCCUAAAAGAGGACAAGCACCUUUUUAAAAUUUUGUAGCUAUCUUUUUAUUUGUGUUGAACUUGUUUGCUUUAUCCUCUGGGGUCUAAGAAAUGGGCCACCUGCGGUGCCCGUGGUAAAGCGCACCGUCCCGGUGACCUCUAGAACAACUCUUGGCAAGUUUCAUCCGGGCGUUUGGUGUUUUCAUGAAUGUCGUUAUCAUUUUACAUGCACAUCUUGACGCAACUGGCACUAGGUUAUUUCUAAUUGCUUUUUUUUACAUAAAGUAUGGAAUGUACAUACAUAACUAUUUACAACGGGUUAUGAGGAAGUAAAAGGAUCAGUAAUGUCCUGUGUACAUACAUACCCGAGUCAUGUACAUAUGUUAGCAAUAUUUCUAAUUUCCACAUAAUGGGUGGAUGUGUUCAAGGGAUUUUCAACCUCCAGGUUGCCCCACCUUUUCUUUCCUCUCCAUAGGUGUGGCGAUUGAAAGUGCCAAGUAUUGUUCAAUUGUUCGAAACAAUAAACAGCUUUCAAAGGAUG